AUGAGAAACGACCUAUUAGACGAAGAAGCAGAUAUAUCAACACCUACACAAGGAUUAUCUUGGGAUCAGUUACGACGCCAAGCACGACAGUUGGAAAAUGAAAUAGAACUUAAACUAGCUUCUCUUUCAAAAAUCGGUGCUACUACCACAGCAAGACAACAACAACAAGAUACUUCUUUAUCAGAUGGUAAUAAUAAAGCAGGGCAAGAAGUUGAAAUUGAACAACUCCUAAAUAAUCUUCAAGAUACCAUUGCUUCAAUGGGCCAAGUAUUGGAGCGACCUAGUGCUACACCCACCAAUCCGUCCAUGAUCCAUAUGCUUGAAAGACAUAAGAAUAUACUCUAUGAUUAUACCAAGGAAUUCCGGAAAGUCAAGGCAAACAUCAAGGCAGCAAGGGACAAAGCAGAUUUAAUGAAUCAAGUAAAAGAUGAAAUUAGAAUAUUCAAUGCUGGCAAUGGUGAUAAUACGGAUUAUUAUUUAACGGAACGAAAUCGUGUUGAAAGUUCACAUCGAAUGACAGAUAUGAUUUUAGAACAAGCUUAUGCGACAAGGCAAGAUGUAUCUCGGCAAGGAAGAACUCUUCAAGGAAUCAACUCUAGGGUUACUGGCGUCAUGGGGCGUAUACCAGGCAUCAACAAUUUAAUCAGUCGAAUCAACACACGGCGAAAACGGGACACUCUAAUUAUGGCAUGUGUGAUAUCCACAUGUAUUAUUCUUAUUACACUUUAUUGGUUACGAACUUGA